GGAUGGGACACGCAGCAAGCCCGGGGCGCUUCUUCGGGGUCUACCUGCUCUACUGCCAGAACCCUCGGCAUCGGGGCCGCGUUUACGUGGGAUUCACGGUCAAUCCUGCUCGUCGGGUCCGGCAGCACAACGCCGGUCGCAAGAAAGGUGGCGCCUGGCGGACCAGCGGGCGAGGACCCUGGGACAUGGUGCUAAUCCUUCACGGUUUCCCGUCUGCUGUGGCCGCCCUUCGGUUUGAAUGGGCCUGGCAGCAUCCUCAAGCGUCGCGCCGCCUGACGCACGUGGGGCCGCGCCUGCGCGGCGAGGCCGCCUUCGCCUUCCACCUGCGCGUGCUGGCGCACAUGCUCCGGGCUCCUCCGUGGGCGCGCCUCCCUCUGACCGUGCGCUGGCUGCGGCCCGACUUCCGGCACGACCUCUGCCCGGCGCCACCGCCGCACAUGCCCAUUGCCUUUGGGCCGCCCCCGGCCCGGCCCUCGGUCCAGAAACGGCUCGCGGCGAGGGAGGCCGGCGACGAGCCCCAGCCGGAUCCGGGUGGCCAGCCCAGCUGCUCUCUGUGUGCGCGCGCGCUGCAGGAUGAAGAGGGCCCCCUGUGCUGCCCGCACCCCGGCUGUACCCUAAGGGCCCACAUCAUCUGCCUGGCUGAGGAGUUCCUGCAGGAGGAGCCCGGGCAGCUGCUGCCCCUGGAGGGCCGGUGUCCUAGCUGUAGGAAGUCAGUCCUCUGGGGACACCUGGUUGGGCAGUGCCGCGUGGACACCGAGGAGGAAGAGGAUUUGGAAUUAGAGGAGGAACACUGGACAGACUUGCUGGAGACCUGAUCCUAAGCGCCCCCGACUUUCACCCCGUGCCUCUUCUGCGCCCUCUUCAGUGGUGGGCAGCUUUUACCUGAGCACAAUAAAAUGGCUGAGUUAAGGA